AUGGAAGACGAACAACAAGCAGAAUUAAUUGAAGAAUGUAAUGUUUUACGUCGUGAAUUAAGUGAUUUAAUGACAAAUGAUUUUGACCGGGUUCUUAAAGAAAUAAAUGAUAUUCUUAAAAAUUCCAUUCGUUCAUUGAAACGUCCCGAUGAUUCCACAGAGUUAACAUCAUCGGAAGCUACUGCUAAGCCAAUCCUAUUGUCAUUAACUCAUCCUCAAAGCAGUGAAAUAUUGAAAUGUACUGUAACUUUAUUUGGCUCAGAUUUAACUACAGCUGAAGUUAUUUAUAAAGCUGGAACUAAAGUUCAACCACCAAUGAACACUGCAUUUCGAACAACUAUAGCAACGCAACAAAUGAAAUAUUGGUCACUUCAACAACUACAUGAAUGUUCACAACAUCUUGAACGUGCAUUAGGUUAUCUUGCAUGUGCUGAUUUUGAUCGUAACAUUUAUCAGUUACAUAAAGCAAUACAAUAUCUUGAUUUAAUAAUCGAUUCUGUCAAUAGUGCAAAAGAUAAUAUUUUAUUACCAAAGAAAAAACGUAUUGAUGAUUUAAGACGAAGCAGAAAUACGACGAUCUUUUCGCCAUCAAUACCAGAAAAUAUGGCAUUUAGUUUUUAUGUUCAAGGUUCAAAAUUAUCAUUUGCUGUUUAUCAUACAAGUGUUCAAGGAAAAUCAAGUGGCUAUUUUAAACAUUUUAUUGAAGCUAAUGUACCUGCACUUGCUGAUUUAUUAAAUCAAUUGUCUUAUAUUCUUUUACAAUUACAACAGCUUAGAGAUAAAUUACGUGUUUUCGACGAAUAUCAAGAUGGGUCCGAUUGGAAAUUAAUGGAAGAAAAACAGAAAGAGACUAAUAUUCUUAUGACAAUGUUUUAA